AUGCAUUGGGCCUUACUGCUUGAACUCUCUGCAUCAGGGUACUCAGAGGGGGCUUUGGUGUUGCUGGCAGGAGCUGUGGUGUUGCUGGCAGGAGCUGUGGUGUUGCUGGCAGGAGCUGUGGUGUUGCUGGCAGGAGCUGUGGUGUUGCUGGCAGGAGCUGUGGUGUUGCUGGCAGGAGCUGUGGUGUUGCUGGCAGGAGCUGUGGUGUUGCUGGCAGGAGCUGUGGUGUUGCUGGCAGGAGCUGUGGUGUUGCUGGCAGGAGCUGUGGUGUUGCUGGCAGGAGCUGUGGUGUUGCUGGCAGGAGCUGUGGUGUUGCUGGCAGGAGCUGUGGUGUUGCUGGCAGGAGCUGUGGUGUUGCUGGCAGGAGCUGUGGUGUUGCUGGCAGGAGCUGUGGUGUUGCUGGCAGGAGCUGUGGUGUUGCUGGCAGGAGCUGUGGUGUUGCUGGCAGGAGCUGUGGUGUUGCUGGCAGGAGCUGUGGUGUUGCUGGCAGGAGCUGUGGUGUUGCUGGCAGGAGCUGUGGUGUUGCUGGCAGGAGCUGUGGUGCUGCUGGCAGGAGCUGUGGUGUUGCUGGCAGGAGCUGUGGUGUUGCUGGCAGGAGCUGUGGUGUUGAUGGCAGGAGCUGUGGUGUUGCUGGCAGGAGCUGUGGUGUUGCUGGCAGGAGCUGUGGUGUUGCUGGCAGGAGCUGUGGUGUUGCUGGCAGGAGCUGUGGUGUUGCUGGCAGGAGCUGUGGUGUUGCUGGGAGGAGCUGCGGUGUCGCUGGGAGGAGGUGUAGCAGCAGAGGGAGAGCUUACCACAGUAGCGGCCAUGAGAGCGGUGGUUGGGCAGACAGACGCAGGAGCUGUUGUGUUGCUGCCAGGAGCUGUUGUGUUGCUGCCAGGAGCUGUUGUGUUGCUGCCAGGAGCUGUGGUGUCGCUGCCAGCAGCUGUGGUGUCGCUGGCAGGAGCUGUUGUGUUGCUGGCAGGAGCUGUGGUUUCGCUGGCAGGAGCUGUUGUGUUGCUGGCAGGAGCUGUUGUGUUGCUGCCAGGAGCUGUUGUGUUGCUGCCAGGAGCUGUGGUGUCGCUGCCAGGAGCUGUGGUGUCGCUGGCAGGAGCUGUUGUGUUGCUGGCAGGAGCUGUGGUUUCGCUGGCAGAAGCUGUUGUGUUGCUGGCAGGAGCUGUUGUGUUGCUGCCAGGAGCUGUUGUGUUGCUGCCAGGAGCUGUGGUGUCGCUGCCAGGAGCUGUGGUGUCGCUGGCAGGAGCUGUUGUGUUGCUGGCAGGAGCUGUGGUGUCGCUGGCAGGAGCUGUUGUGUUGCUGGCAGGAGCUGUGGUUUCGCUGGCAGGAGCUGUGGUUUCGCUGGCAGGAACUGUGGUUUCGCUGGCAGGAGCUGUGGUUUCGCUGGCAGGAGCUGUGAUGAUGCUUUUGUGGGCGGCAGAAAUGAUGCAGCGGGCGGACUUGACUGCCUUGCGGAGGGGCUUGGACCUGGGCACGGGGAGCGCAGCAUGA